AUGGCUCGUUUCCCGAUUCCAGCCCUCUGGCCGACGUAUCUGGCGUCGCCUCUAGUCUUCCCCAGAGCUUCUGCCUGGACCCUCCUGUGGCGAAACGAGACCACCCGCUCUUCAGUCGAAGACGGCCAAUCUGCUCAAAACUGCACACCAAUCUGGCAUCAAAAGAAUGAAGAAUUCUCAUGGGACCCAGAGGGUCCAUGGUGUCUCAAAUUCUACUCAGACAAUACUUGCGAGGACAGCAACGGAAUAACAUGCGAGGGCUACAAGUGGAAGCAACCAGCGUCGCAAAACAUCUCCGCGUUUUCGGUCUACCCUAUGCCACCCGCGUCUGUGACUGCGUUUGGAUUUGCCUCGAGCACCGCUGUUCCCAGCACAACUGCAACCACGACACCUUCGUCCACUAACACAGGCGCCGAGGAAGCAGAAGUAACGGAAGAGCUCUCCAGCGACGGCAGCAGCCUCUCUGGCGGUGCCAUUGCCGGUAUCGUCGUCGGCGUCGUUGUGGCUGUCGCUUUCCUCUGCGCAGCAUGUUUCUAUCUCGGCCGUCGUACCGGAAGGAAAGCCGCAACCGCGGCCGCGGCAGCGACUGCCAACAUCGCACCACGAUCAGACUCGCCACCACCCGCUCCCUUAGACGCGAACACGAACCCAUCCUCGCCACCUUCUGAAGAUGCCAGCUCGAGUCCGACAUUGGCGGUUCCGGGUCAGACGAUUGCCGAGCUACCAAAACCGCCUAUGGUCGAGAUUGAGUACGUCCCGCCGUCAGGCGACCACCAACCUCCGAAUGGAACGCGGAUGAUUGAGCUACCGGGACCGAAUCCCGAGGUCGAACUCAGCAACACUCGGCAGGUACAGGAGAUGGGUGUCACACGGCAAAUACAAGAGCUCGAAGGACACUCGAUGGAGAGGCGAGUCGAAUGA